AUUGCGAGGCAUUUUUCUGAAACAAAUUGAAGUGACAUUUUGAAGCAUUAUUUGAUGCAGAUCAAAUACAGGUUGACAAACUAUUUAGGUAGUGGGGCUUAUGGAACAGUGGCAAAGGCUCUGGAUUUUAAAUGGGGGAAUACAGUAGCAGUCAAAACAUCUUCAUGCAUUGAUGUUGCAUUUCAGGAGAGCGAGAUACUGAAUUUUUUAUCUCCCAGUCGAUAUGUGGUGCAGAUUCUCGGAUGGGGUAAGGCAGAAAUAGUUCAGGGUUGUUUCUUGAAGGAAACAACCAAAAAUAAUGUAACUGCAGAUGAAAUUGCUUAUAUUGCUAUGGAGUUUAUGGAUAUGGACCUGCUAUCAUUCAUCAAUAAAUAUAUACAUGGAGGAUAUUCAUAUAAUAAUUAUUAUUUUAGUAACAAUGGGCCUGAGCUGGUGAAAGGGCUAAUGUGGGAGCUCUGCUGUGGUGUGGCCUAUUGCCAUGACAUGGGUGUUGCACAUAGAGAUCUCAAGCCUUCUAAUUGUCUGCUCUCUAUUAGCAAAGAAGGAGCCAUCAAAAUUAAGCUUGCAGACUUUGGAUUGGCUACGAUGGUGAAGGAUAAAAGGAAUGGUUUGAAGGAGAGGAAUGGAAAAGAAUAUGUGUCACUGUGGUAUAGAGCUCCUGAACUGCUAAUGCAGCAAAACACAUACAAUUGCUUUGCAAUUGAUGUGUGGGCACUGGGAUGCAUUUUUGCAGAGAUGGUGAUAGGAGAGCCCAUAUUUUGUGGGCAGUGUCCAGAAGAGCAGCUAAAUCUUGUAUUUCAGCAUGUGGGAGGUUCUUUCUUUCAGAUGAUAACUACCCUUGUCCGGCUUUUAAGCAGGCAUUGUCUCUCAAGUUUUGAUUUGCAGAAUCGGCUUGAAAGUACAGCUCAAAUGAUGGGAUACUCAAUAGGAAUGGAUUUGCUUGUGAAGAUGUUGGAGGUGGAUCCCAACAAAAGAUUAACAGCAAAACAGUGUCUUCAACAUCCUUAUUUCUCCUGUUUCCAUCAAUUCAAUUCUUGGAGUAAAAUUCCACUGUGAGCUCAACAGGCUAUGAAACUUGUUGCUGUUAAUUCUUGCCUACAAUCCAUGGCCAUGUAAAUUUAUAAGAUAGGCCUGUUUUGGCCACACUAUCCUUUUCUUUUAUGGGUAUGCCAA